AUGGCUCCCAGAGUUGUUAUUACUUUUUACUCCAUGUACAGCUAUAUUAAAAGAUUGUAUGAAGCUGUUUUCUUCAGUAUUUCCACUUGCUUUGGGAACUUCCCCGUCCAAUGGAAAGCUUUUUGGGAUCAGACUGGUGGUAUUUGGGCGUCGGGCGGUUACUGGAGCAAAUAUGCCAGUCUGUUCGUCUCGACCGGAAUCCUGGGAGGUGGCCAGGAAUCUACUGUAUUAGCGGCUAUGAGUACUCUCGCCUAUUAUGGCUUUAUUUAUAUAUCUCUAGAUUAUAAGACGAUAUUUCUGCUUCUUACUAAUCUCAAGGAGAUCCAUGGUGGAAGUGUCUGGGGUAUUAGUAUUUUUAGUAUUGGUUUUCUCUCUUCUUUCUUAUUAUUUUCUCGUUAUUGUACGUCCAGGCCAUAUUGA